GGUAAUAGUAGGUAAUAGGUCAAUGAUCUGACAACUAAGGAUGCAAAACACCGUGCAAAGUGGAGAAGAGGAAUAUGGUCAAAUUAGAGUGAGAGAAACUGUUUUUUGUCCUUCACCUCCUCACAAUAUCUUCAUCAUCAUCAUCAACAGCCAUUUAAAUGAACCCACUGCUGGAGUACAUGGAGUACGUGGAUGGAUAAAGACCCAUCACGCACAAUAACUAUCAAAGAUUUUUUUUUCUCACGCAACCGCAUAAAUGUUUCAAAGGUAUCAGAGUGUAACACGCCGUCACCUCGGCUUCCUUCGGCGCCUCAUUAAGAGGCGGAACGCGGUAUGACGCAAUAUAACGCUAUACAUCUAUGAAAAAUUUGGACAACAACACGUGAGACAUCACUGAACGUAUGUAUAUAGGUACUUCAUGAUAUAUGAUAUUAUCGGAACCUUUGCCGAUACACCAAAAUACGAUCUUUAUUCCGAGCAGCCGUUUCAAAGAUACAAAUCGCAUUGAUGAUUGCCGACCUUUAAUAAAGAUUGCACUAAAAGAAGAAGAAGAUAGAUUAUCGAAACGCGCGGCGUCGCGCUGGCUUAUCGCAUUUGUAGCUCAACUAGGACUUAACCCCGACCGUACUUCACAAUAUUAAUGACGCUGCCUGUGAAAGGCACGUAUGGCUAUCUGUAGUGGAAAUGAGCAGUGACCGGCCGCCAUUAGCCGAUUUUCUGCUAAACUCACCUCGCUCGAUAUUAGAACGUAUACUGGACUGUGAAAUUUAGACGUAAAUUGAGAGGAGAGUUUGUGGGGCGUGUUUUAGAACGUAAAUAAGUAAAUUUUGUCGGAAAAUCUACAAACAUUUACAUACUAACGGUUUGUGCAGUUUAAUAUACAUAUAUAGUAACUUGAUGUUAACAUCUAGUUACUAUAUAUGUACAACUCUUACAACGUGACGUCGCAAUGGAGCAUGGCUCUAAGAUCAUAGGUACCAUACGAACAAAGUCGCAGACAGUCAACAGCAAAUAUUCUCCUACAACAUUAGCGCACCAAAGCGAUAUUUGCGUAAAACUAACAACAAUGAUGCAAAUCGUUCUACUGAGUAAAUGACCAGCUCUUCUAAAUGAACUUCGAUCGUCAACAUCCGACGGGACAAGGACGAUUGGAUUAAACGUGAAGAAGACUAGGUGGUAACCGCGACUUUGUUCUGCUUUAUCAGAUGGUUAUAAUCACAGGAAUUGCAUUUUUUGUGUUAAAAUAAUAGGAGAUUCUAUAGUUUUGAAAAACUAGAACACAACAUUUUCGGAAUUCAUUUACAGAGUUAGUUCUAUUCUAAUCAUGUUUUUCGAAUGCUUUGUAGACAUUGUUGUCGGAUGUAAUUUUUUAUGUAAUUGUUAUCACGUAAUUUAUGUUAUUGUCACGUAAUUAAUGUAAUUUUUUAUGUUAUUGUUAUCAUGUAUUCCUACUCUGCGUUCAGUCGGGUAAAAGUAUAAUCAUUAAAAAAUACUAUUUUAUGAGCGUAUCAGGAUUUUACUUCAGGAGCGUUUAUUGGAUUAAUAAAAUUUCUGUCUGAAUUUUUUUGUUAUAAUUCUGUGCUGAGCUGAUAAUGAAUAAUGCUUUCAUCCAUAUAUGUUAUUUCAAUUCCAAGGUUUUGCUACAAAUAUCUUUAAAUUAAACAUUCAAACAGACACGCGGUUAAACUGUAUAUAGCUUAAAAAGAAUACUUAAAAGAGUAGCAACUAACGUGUAAAAUUAGUACAGAACUUUUGGCUGUAGCAAAUUGUUGAGACAAGAUGUUUUUCAAAAUAACUGUUCUUUGUUUUAUAUUGGCGAUUGUUUAUACAGAGGCAUUAGUAAAAAGGGACGCUGCGACAACACAGCCGAAUAUUCUAGAAUCUUUUCAAAAGAAUGUGGAUGCGUUUCGAAAAUGCGUGGAUCAAGUUCUGGCUAAAUCAGUUGACGAAGUGAACACCAAGCAAAUACAGCCCAUAUUCAGUAUUGUUGGAGAUCAGGUCAACAGAGUGUCUAAAGCAUUCGAUGACUUGACAGCGCCAAAAAGCACCAAGUCACCGUUUGAUAUGUAAAUUCUGAGCAUUUUCAUCACAGCUAUCAGCCUAAGUAAUAUAUAAAUCUACGAUUUUGACAAAUUAAUAAAUAAAAGAUAAUUACUUAA